AAAGGGCGUCUGCAAAUGGCGGAGUUUGAUCCAGAUGCAGAUGCGGCCACCGCUGAUAUUACAGGCACGUAUAGCGAUAUUGAAGAUGACGAUGAAACUGUGGGCAGGUUACGGUCGGCAAGUUCACGUUAUAUGUUCCUCGACGAAGUGUGCAAUAUUGGUGAGAACGUACGGACAGUUGGAAGGGUGAAAAACGUUUAUUCGGCGCGAAGUCUCUGUGAGAUCACAAAUGGAAAAGGUAGUUUGGCGAAAAUACUUCUAAAUGAUUACUAUGACCACGACAUCAUUGCCGGGCAAGUUUAUGGAUUCGAAGGACAAAUUGUGAACGUCGAAGGAGAAAAUGUUCUUCAUGCUCUUACUACAAAUCUUAUACGAAACAUAGACUUGGAAUUGUACGACGACGUUAUGAGAAUUACAAGAAACUCUAUCGACAGCAGGAAAAAAAUAACAUCAGACAUCGAAGAAGAUGUUUUAAGCAGGAUAGGAUGUCUUUCGGAUGAUCUCAAUGUUGACCAGCACAUGCUGCAAGAUUGUGUGAAUCAUUUAUUGGGGUUACCAGUGGACAACGUUGAGCUUCGUGCUUCUGCAACCGCUGCUCGCUCGCCUCGGCUUGACGAUGAACAAGCUGCCGGCCCAUGCGAGAAUGUCAAUAUGACUGUUGUGCAUCAGCGAGCGCUAGAGGUACUCCUAGAAAGUACUGCUUGGCUUGAAUCAUUGACACUUGAUGGGGAAGAAGAAGAUAAUGAAAUGAACACAGGUGAAACGAACGUUGGGUAUGGCGGGCUAGCCCGCGGGCCUUCUAGCCCGCCAUACGUUGGGUGAAACAACGUAUGACAACAUUCUGAAGUAACUAUGGAGAUGGAGGCAACAAAUUUCAAAGACAGGGUGUUUGCAAAAUAGAGCGAUAACAAAUUUCUCCUUUUGAUAAACGUGUCUCUGUGCACCGCUAGCGUCUUACAGUUAAUUUCGAGACAUUUUACCUGUGCCGUGAGACGGGAGUAAAGUACGGUCAAGUAUGUGCGGCCGAAUUCGCAUUCUCCCUUUAUUAUGGCUGCGCCCACCAGGUACUAAUUUACGCCUGCGAGUGGCAAAAUAAACGAAGAGCAAUGGGAAAACCGGAGAAAGCACUAAAGAUGAAGAAAACUGGAGUGAAACGCCAAGAGCUCACGGAAGUGACUUCGAUGAGGUUGGACAAUGCUAAUAGGAAAUCACGCAUCCAUCCACCUGCUGGACAGGAAUGCUUCGAGUCUUCAAGUGACGAAAGUGCCGAUAGUGGUGGUGGGCAGAGUGAAAGUGAAUACGAUGAGAACGUUGAUGAAUGUGAUAAGCAAAAUGCGACCACACAGUCUCGCAACUCUUCAAAGCAUUUGCCUCUUGAGCACGACGAGAGUGAAUCAGAAGAUGAAGAUGACAGUGAACCUGAACUCUCAAGCAGGAAUUCACGGUCCUACUCCCAGUUAAAACACAAAGGAUUCAAAGCAUCAUCGACUGAGAGGGAAAGCGAUGAAGCGGAAAUGCAACAAGACGCUGAGAGCGAAAAUUCCGGCCAAGAUGAUGAUGAUGAUGAUGAAGACCUGGAACUUGAAGACAAAGAUGAGAGCGAAAUCCGAAAUGAUCUUUCGAAGAUGUCAUUUGCAGAACUGCAGCAGCUGAAGGAGAAGAUAGGCCUGAAAAUGUACAACGAAGCUGUGUUUGGAGAACAGAGGCAACGACCAAAAAUUAAUUUCAAAAGAGAGAAUAAGAACAGACCAAGAGAAGAAUCAUCAAAACGUCCAGUGUCUGUCUUCAGAGAUACUUUUCAGGUCAAGAAAAAGGUUUUGAGUGACCCGCGCUUCGACCCCAGAGCUGGUGAGUACAACGAACGGGUCUUCAGAGAGACGUACAGUUUCAUCGGCGACCUUCGCCACAAGGAGCGCGGGGAACUCGAACGGAUGCUGCGGAAGGAGCAAGAUCCCGAGCAGCGUAAAUCGAUCAAGAAGGUUCUGCAAAGGAUGAAAAACCAAGAAGCAACAGAGCGCCAGAAAAGUCGCAGAUAUCAAUUGAACGAAGAGUAUCAGAAGUUUGUGGAGAAGAGCAAAGAGGAGGGUGUCACUCCAAAGUACCUGUCAGACAAGGAACGGCGGCAGAUCGAACUUGCACAACGCUUCAAAGAACUCAAGAAAUCGGGGAAGUUGGACAAGUAUUUGGAGAAGAAGCGGAAGAAGAACAUGUGGAAGGAGCAGAAACACCUGCCUGGCGUUAUGUAGGCUCUCAAUAAAACUAAUUUUCUACA